AUGAAAAUUCUUCAGGUUUCGAAGAAGAACCGAUCCCGGAAUACCAAGAACCUGUUAUUAGACCUCUCCAGCCAACAUUCACCUCCUCCGUUGAAGAAAGUCACGAUUACUAAGUCCGCCACAGAACUGGAGUUUCCCAAGCGAAAGGGGCUUCCAAUAAUUCCCAAAGGAACCUUACGGCGUCGUAGAACCACGUUAGCACUGACGAUCCCUUCUAUUGAUGAGAAUACUACCCCCAAGAUAUCAACUACUAAUGAAUCCCCUUACUCACCAAAAUCCUCUCCAACAAAUAAUAACACAUCUACUUCCUUUUGCUUUGGAAACACAGUGAUAAAUCACAAUGCCAGCAAGAAGACAGUUUCGAACCCAUAUGACAGUGGACCUGUUUGUGUUCUUGAACCCAAUCUAUAUUUAUAUUCAGAGCCAACCCUUGACCAGCUAGAUCGAUUCGACGUUGUGAUCAAUGUUGCCAAAGAGAUACCAAAUUACCAGCGAGAAAUAAGGAAUAAGGGGAAAACAUACUACUUUGUUCCCUGGACGCACACAUCAAAUUUGUGUCCUGAUUUACCACUCUUGACCUCCGUCAUUGAAAACAGUCUUUCCUCGGGAAAAGCAACGCUGAUACAUUGUCAAUGUGGAGUUUCCAGGUCUGCAUCUUUAAUUGUGGCGUAUCUGAUGAAGAAGUAUGGGUUGAAUUUGAACGAUGCUUACAACCGUUUAAAGGUCAAGGCUCCGUCAAUCUCCCCCAACAUGAACUUAAUUUUCUAUCUGGCUGAAUGGGGGAAAACUUUAGAGGCAAUCAGCCUACCUGCAUCACCUUACAGUACAUAG